CCCCACUUGUUGCAAUAAUACCUACGGACCGUUUGAGUAGAGUCUCUUCCACUGUCGGAUUACAACCGAGAGUACCCCUCUAAGCUUCUCCAGACACAAACCUCGAUUAAAACCAAAAAUUGAGUGUAGGAGACCCUUUUAUUUGACUGAUGGAUCAGUUUAAAGCUAGCGCUACGCAAGGAGGAACCCCUCAGAUUGCUAUCCCAGGAAGACAGGCCAGCGGCGGCCCCACUGUGGAGCGGGUUAGCGCCGGCGCCCAGUUGGGUAGCGCCAACGGGACGCUUUCGUCCUCCCCGAGGAGCUCAGGCGCCAAGGGGCCCUAUGCCCCCCGUGGUGGGGCCAAACUCCCCAAGUGCCCGAAGCAGGGGAACCCCGACAAGGAGAACGGUGCUGCCAAGUCCCCGGCGGCCCCCCGCCGGCCGGCCGGGAGGGGUCGCAACCGCACGUCCUCGGAGAGCGAGAGGGGGGGUAAGGGCAGCCGGGGGCCGGCCCAGAGGAAGCGGGGCCUCUCCGAGACGGAGGGCAGACCCGGGCCCCGGGACAACCUCAACAUGAGUGGACUGCAGUGUCUCGCCACAGAGAAUAUCUGGUUCGACAAGCACCGCUACGAUGAUGCCGAGAGGUGCUUCUAUGAGGGAGCCAACGGCAGCCCGGCACAGGAAAAAGAUGCUAAUGCCAUCCUGCAGGAAAUUGCUAAAUCCAGGCAGCAAAUCCAGCAGUGCCUGGACGAAGUGAAGUCUGCCACGCAGCCUGCCAAAGGCCGUCAGGCCAAACGGCCCCACAGAAACUCGUCAUCAAAAGCAGGGGACCAGGAUACAAAGGGCAAGCAGAUGGAUUAUCAGAGUAUGCAGAAAGAGAUCGAAGAUAUGAGAGCCCUCAUCCGGGUUCUUGAGUCAAGGGUGACCAGUCUUGAGAAGACCCAAACGGCAGCUCCUGCACCGUGUGUCCAGGCUGCUAAAGUGCAGGCUGCACCACAGAGGAAAGCAGUGGUUGAUGAAGACGACGACGACGAUGAUGAUGAUGACCUGGACCUGUUUGGCAGUGAUGACGAGGACGCUGAGACAUUGCGCAUCAAACAGGAGCGCAUCGAUGCCUACGCAGCCAAGAAGUCUAAGAAGCCCGCCCUGAUCGCCAAGUCCUCCAUCUUGUUGGACGUAAAACCUUGGGACGACGAGACGGACAUGGUCAAGCUGGAGGAGUGUGUGCGCUCGGUGCAGGCCGACGGGCUCCUAUGGGGGGCCUCCAAGCUGCUGCCGGUGGGCUACGGCAUCAGGAAGCUGCAGAUCAACUGUGUGGUGGAGGACGACAAGGUGGGCACAGACCUGCUGGAGGAGGAGAUCACCAAGUUCGAGGACUAUAUCCAGAGUGUGGAUGUGGCCGCAUUCAACAAGAUCUAAGCAUCGUGGCCGUCCUGCUCCCUACUCCACCAAAGUGUUGCUUCUGCUUGCCUGGUUCUUAAUAAAAUCCUGCCCUUUAAGCACAAA